AUGCCCUUGACUUGGGUGUCCUGGAGCAAGCAGACCAGUGCUUCUGAAUCGAGUGCCUCAGCCGCCAACCAGCGAACGGCCCCUGCCGGCCCACCUGUCCCAGCUCUGCUCGGCGGCCGCAGUCCGAGCAUGUCGUGGCAUCGUACAUACUUGUCGCACUUGGAGAGUUUCUCGGGCGGGGCGGGCAGCGACGACAAGCUCGCAGCCAGCAAUGCAGAGCUGGAAAGGCUGCAGAAGCAGUGGCAGAUCCGGCGGUCUGUGUGGGAGCUGAUGGGAAAGAUCGAGGAGAGCCCAAAGAAGGAGCCGGCACGAGCGAUCUUUGAGAAGUCGGGCUUGGCUGAGGCUAUUCCGGUGCCCCCGGUCGGAGGCCUCGCGGCCGGGGAGCCUGGAACGGAGGAGUGGGUGCUCAAGCUGGUUUGGCUGCUCCGGACCGUGAACUUUGCGGUGCCUUACUCAGCAGUCGGCGAGUUCUUCGGUCAGCCGAAGGAGGACAGUGAGAAGGCCGUCACUUCUUUCGCCGAGACCUUCGAUUGGGGAGCAGCAGAUAUCGAGAAGGCUUUGCGGAGCUUCCUUGAGGCUUUUCUCCUGCCGAAGGAGGGAACUUGA